AGCUCUCCCGGGGCCCACCUGUUCCGGGACCUGGCCAGGGCCCUCUCCAGGCGCAGAGGCCCGCGGGAGGCCAGGCGAGGCCGGCACAGGCUGCUCAGUCAGCGGUCGGGGGUCGGGGGUCUUGGUCCCCUCCUGCUCCGCCCGCGCCCGCCGCUCUCCCUUGCCCCGCGGAGUGGGGGAGGGACAGCGCUGUCCCCGGAGGAUGCAGGCAGCGACUGCAAGGGGGUCAGCGCCUUCCUCUCCGGCAGGUUUUACCUCGUCAGUGGAGGGGUCCCCUUUAUCAUCUGUGGGGUCACGGCUGCCACGAACAUCAGGAAUUACGGGACAGAGGACGAGGACGCGGCGUACUGCUGGAUGGCCUGGGAGCCUAGCCUGGGCGCCUUCUACGGCCCGGCCGCCGUCAUUGCCCUGGUCACCUGCGUGUACUUCCUGGGCACCUACGUGCAGCUGCGGCGCCACCCAGGGCGCAGGUACGAGAUGCGCGCACAGCCCGAGGAGCAGCGGCGGCUGGCCACGCCCGAGGGCAGCCGUGGGAUCCCGCCCGGCACCCCACCCGCACGUGAUGCCCCUGGCGCCUCGGUGCUGCAGAACGAGCACUCGUUCCAGGCACAGCUGCGCGCUGCCGCCUUCACGCUGUUCCUGUUCACGGCCACGUGGGCCUUUGGGGCGCUGGCGGUGUCCCAGGGCCACUUCCUGGACAUGGUCUUCAGCUGCCUGUACGGCGCCUUCUGCGUGACACUGGGGCUCUUCGUGCUCAUCCACCACUGCGCCAAGCGCGAGGACGUGUGGCAGUGCUAGUGGGCAUGCUGCCCACCCUGCAGGGAUGCCCACUCCGCGCUCGAUGCCAACGGGGCCGCGCUGGGCCGUGCCGCCUGCCUGCAUUCGCCGGGCCUCGGCCAGCAACGGGGCUUCGCGCACCCACCGGGACCCUGCAAGAUGACCAACCUGCAGGCCGCACAGGGCCACGCCAGUUGUCUGUCCCCGGCCACCCCGUGCUGCGCCAAGAUGCACGGCGAGCCACUGAUGGCAGACGAGGCACACGUGCACGCGCAGGAGGAGGGUGCCUUCGGGCACGACCCCCACCUGCACGGAUGCCUUCAGGGCAGAACUAAGCCGCCCUACUUUAGCCGGCACCCAGCAGAGGAGCCCGAGUACGCUUACCACAUCCCGUCCAGCCUGUACGGCAGCCCCCGAAGCUCGUGCACAGACAGCCCCCCCAGCUCUCUGGAUGGCCCGGCAGGGGCACACACGCUGGCCUGCUGCGCCCAGGGUGACCCCUUCCCCAUGGUCAGCCAGCCUGAGGGCAGCGAUGGGAGCCCUGCCCUCUACAGCUGCCCCACGCGGCCGGGCAGGGAGGCAGCACUUGGGCCUGGUCACCUGGAGAUGCUGCGGAGGACACAGUCCCUGCCCUUUGGUGGCCCCAGCCAGAACGGGCUGCCCAAGGGUAACUUGCUAGAAGACCUGCCGUUUGGCACCGAUGGGACUGGGAACAUCCGAACAGGACCCUGGAAAAAUGAAACUACUGUGUAGGCGGAGCAGGGGACACAGUGUUCCUGGAGGAGCUUCAGAGCAGAGCGGGGGGCCCAUCUGCCACAUGAGGUCACUGGGGGCACCAAAGUGACCCCACCUUUCGGAAGCAGUUCACACCCCUGCCCCUUCCUUGUGAAAGACCUCAGCGGGGAAAAGCUCUGGGCCACGCCCACUCCUUUUAUCCCAGUUCCAUGUGCUGGUCCCUGCACAAGGUCAUCUGGUUUCUGUCCUGUGGCCUCCAGUCCUGGGGCGCCCCAGAGGCAGAGCAGGGGAUUCCAUCAAAGGACCCACCCAGACCCCAGCGUGGCCCUGCCCGAGAUGCUGUCCAUGGAGUCCUGGCUUCCCCUGGUGUGGCCAGGCGGGGCCGAGAUCGCAGCAGGGGGCUGCCCUGACCUUUCCCAGUGUUCAAUGUGUGUGUCUUGCAUUCUACUCCGGGGUGGUGGUGGUGGCAGGUCUGUCCCCAGCAUUCUCACCCUGGGCAGAAUCCUUGGGACCCACUACUGUCAUGUGUCUGAGCCAACCCUGCAGCUUCAUGGGACCCCUGCACACCUCUGCCCACUCAGUGUCCCCUGUCAACCCUGUCCUUGUCAUAGCCCCAGCCCUGCAGGGCUGAGAGCACCACGGAUGCUGCG